GACACGCUACACAGUGGAAAACAAAGUCCCAUAUGGGUAGUGAUCCACGAUCGUGACAAAGAUUUGUUUUUGUUGAUUCUCUUGAAGCACAGCUAAUAUCAGGACAUAUGUGACUCAACAUAAUAACAAAAAAAAAACUUCUAAUAAAAAGGGUUUGUUUAUAUGUGACAUACCUUAAAGAUGUCUUACUUUUCUUGGAGUGGAAAUUAUUUUAUUGACCUCUAAGAAGCUUUAUAGGCUUUUCGAGAGAAGGAAAAGAGGUUUUAAAGCUGUAUGCACGUGAAGCUCCCCUUGACCGUGGGAGAGAAGGGAGGUGCAGUCCUGACCCGAGGAUAAUUGGUCUGUCAACUGCCACAAUGUGGCAAGAAAGGGGUGCGCGAUGUCAGCAUAAAUAAACGCUAUAAGAAGAACAAUACACCCAGAAGUCAUCUGCUGCCAAGGAGACUGCUCCGUGAGGCUGCUUCAGACAGGUGAUAUCCAACAUGAGGACAACCGUCCUUUUUCUUCUGCUGACCCUGGGGUUGGCCUCUGGCAGAGAUGGCGAGGGCUACAGAGGUCACCAGGUUCUGUCAGUCAGGGCGCAAACUCCAAACCAAGUUGAGUUGCUGAAGGAGUUGAUGGACAAGCAUGACGAGAUCAUCUUUCUGACGCUGCCAUCCUCAGUGAAGCAGACGGAAUUCGUGGUGCCUCCGAACCUCAUUCAGGAGGUGACAAGCGCUCUGCGAGAGGCUGAUAUCACCAUUGAGCUCCUCUUUGCUGAUGCUCAGAAAGAAAUUGAGAGAUCUCUUGCCGAAAACGAGAGAAACCGACUGUAUGCCAGGAGUGUGUACAACAGCCCUCAUCACGAUUCCCCCUCUCAUACCGUGUACUAUACCUACAGUGAGGUCGUUGCGAUCAUUAACAACUUCGCGCAGGCGUACAAGGAUCUGGCGCAGGUGCACAGUCUUCCCUACAAGACUUUCGAAGAUAAAACCGUCUACUACUUGACGGUAACAGGGAAGACCAAUAGUGCUGGUACCAAACCCGUCAUCAUCGUGGAGACCCUCCUACAUGCUCGCGAAUGGAUCACAACAGCUGCCGCAAUAUACACUAUUGAUAACCUGCUGAAGAACUACGAGGCUGGUGAUGCAAAAGCCGUACAGGCGCUGGACAACUUUACUUGGAUCUUCUUGGUGGUCGCAAAUCCAGAUGGUUAUGAGUACACCUUCACUGCUAACAACCGUCUGUGGAGGAAAAAUCGCAAGCGUGUCACAACCAACUGCUAUGGCGUGGAUCUGAACAGAAACUUUGAUGUGCAGUUUGGAGGUGUGGGCUCGUCGAGUGCUUGCAGCUCCGAGACUUACCACGGGCAACACGCCUUCUCCGAGCAAGAAACCCUGAACAUCCGCCAUCUGGUCGAGACCCACUACAACAACCUCAUCAGCUACCUGUCAGUGCACUCGUACUCUCAGCUCUUGCUCAAGCCGUGGGGAUACACAACUAGCGCCAGCGUCGUUCCUCCAAACAUCAACGAACUGAAUCGUGUGGGAACAAUCGUAAACGCCGAACUUAGUUCUCAUGGCGCCACCCACACCUUUGGCACUGCUGCCGGUGUUCUGGGAUAUGCAGCUGCCGGGUGUGCAGAGGACUGGGCCCUGACACACAAGCCGGGUAUCUACGCCUACUGCUACGAACUGCGUCCAAGGACCUCCGCUGCGGGAGGCUUCAUCGUUGCGGCCAGUCAGAUCCCAUACGUAGGCGCCGAGGUGUACCACAGCUUCCUUGCCCUUGCUGCCGCCAUUCUUCCCAAAUAAUUGCUCGGUUAAAGUACUUCCAACGAUGAUGUGCGACAUCUUUGCAAGGCAAAGUACUACAAAACAGAGUCUUUUUAAUCGUGGACAGCGUGCUGAAAUUAAAGAAAAUUAAACAAAAUUAAAUGUGAAAAGAAAUUUCGUCUAAAAUCAGUUCCAUAUACUUUCAGAUUAAUUAAGAAAAUCUCAACGACAAUCAAAAAAGAAAAUUAAAAAAUAAACAAAAUAAACACAUUGA